CACACAGGGAACCCAACCUAGAGAAACCCCCGAGAAGACAAAAUGGCGGCUUGGACCGAAGUGAAAGGUUUUUGAAACUCCUACAUGUGCGAUAGCAUUAUGAUGCUUAUUCUAGGUAGAGGAUCAUCGUAGCGGUAGCAUAGUCGACUUAUAUUAUGAUUCGCCUCAGUGCUCUAAAUGUCGACUCCAGCGAAGAGAGUGAACCGGAGAGGACGCAGGAGAGUAUCAAACAAGCGCAGGAAGCUGAAGCUCUUGGGUUGUAUAACAAAGCACUACAGCAUCAAGAGGCAGGUGACAGCGUCAGGGCAGAGCAGACUUACAAUCUACUCCUAGAGUCGCAUCUAGUCAAAGAGGCACCAGUUCCUGAGGAGGAUGAAGGUCUUCACAAGCCAGGGCAAGUGCUUAAGUAUUCAGCCUACAAGAACUUGGCAGUGCUAGCUGAGAAUAGGGGUGACUGGGAGAAAGCCACUGAUGCCUAUCUAGAGGCAGUACUGUUGGAUGACUCUGAUGUGACCGUCUGGUAUCAUAUCGGCACAGUAGCCAUCAAGUCCAGUAACUUGGGACUGGCCAGACAAGCAUUCCAGGAGGGUCUGAGGUGUAACCCCAAGCAUUGGCUCUGUUUAAGUCAGCUGUGUUCAGUGCUUUAUGCUAUUGGAGACUAUGCCACAUGUUUAGGAGUGAUAUCUGAAGCACUGGACAGAGAUGAACAUUUCAUAAAAGGCCUUGCAUUACGAGACAAGAUUUUUUCUGAAGAACCCUACCUCCAGCGUGAUUAUCAGUACUUGAGGAGCUUAUUUGUUAACACAGUUGAUGAUGAGUAUACAGAAGAAGCAGAACAGCAUGUCAAGGAAGCAUUACAUUUGCGAGAAGAGCGACUAAGGGUUAUUGAGACGUACAGAAAAGAGCCAGCACCACUGGAGCCUGUUAAACCUCUCACCUCCUACACGUGGGCAGCUCUUGGUGAAUGCUUCGUUGCAUUGUAUGACCAUCUCACAUCUCCAGAUGAUCCUAAGUCGCUAGCAAGACGGAUUAACUUGGAGAGCUACUACAAAGCUAUUGUAACACCAGACAUUUCAAUGCCACACAAGGCUUCACUAGCCAAACUCUCGGAUCAGACACCAGCUUCAAACUUUUCCACCGAGGGAUUUCAAGUCUAUAAGGCAACAGGAAACCCAGCUGAUAAUGAGGACAAGCUACCAAAGAAAACAGCAAAAAGAAAGAAACCACCCCCUAGUGGUAUGGACACUGAAUUUCCUCCCAAGCGACGUUCUGCAAGGGUUCGCACAAGUAAGAAAAAAGAAGAAGAGGUCAACUACAGAGAGCUGAUUCAGUCUUUUCUGCCUUUCUCUCUGAGACCUGGCGUUGGUGGAGGUGAUGAUGAGAGUAGUCAGGAUAGUAUGGGUGAUGUUGCAUCAAACAGUGAGAGAAGCCAGCUCGGCGCAGAUGGGAAGUCUAACGAUCUGGGACGUACGGGUGCUUACGAAGGAGUUAUUUCAGGGGAGGCGGAGACACUUGACAUUCUAACUUUCGUCAAAGAAAACAUGAACAAUAGUGGAAUGAUCAACCUUAUGGUGCGUUAUGGAAUUAGCUUAGCAGCGCAGAGGAAUAAACAGUGGCCGACCGCUCUCGCAGAUGUUUACCUAAAGGUUUACACGAGAGUCAGGAAGCAUCUUACACUGCCGCCGGAGUUUCAUCGUGACAAUGACGAAGUGUAUGCUGGGAAGUUAGCCAAGGUUAUUUUGGUGGCCACGGAACUAACGCUUGAGAAGCUUCUGACGGCAAAAUCCAAGUCAUCGUCGAGCUUGUCACCGGCAAGCUCUCCUCGAGGUGGUGGUAAAGGCGUUUCUCCGAUAAGAGUUGGACCAGGCUUUUCCAGUAAAUACCUGGUGACAGAUGUGGAAUAUCUGUACUGUAUUUCACUGGACAGAAGUAUCCACGGUGACAGUUGGCUGGAAAUGACAAUCAGAGUAAACUGGGCUAAGGCACGCUACCUGAUGUUACAGGGACAAAUGGAGAUUGCCAUGAUCUAUCUUGACCGGUGCACAAAAUUACUAGCGGUUGAAGUCAGCCCAUUGGAUGAACCAAUCACCGUUAAGCUUGUCAACUGCAAGAUUGACAGCGACAUCACACUAGAGCACGUUCAGAAAAAGCUGGAGUCGCUGCAACGAUGUCAGUCUUUAGAAGAGGUUCAUCGCCUGUACGAACAAGGGAACUACGAGGAUGUGAUCCAGCUUUUGAUGCCGACCUUAAACCAACCACAGCCCAAGACAAAGAUAAGCGAGCUUGGCAUGUCUAUUCCUGAACGACCUGCACAACUUCUCCUUCUACAAGACUCGCUCAUCAGACUUGGCGAAUACAAGAAAUGUCUAAUGUGCACCGAGGUGGCGCUUUGCGAGGCCGUGUCGCAGAUGACACCAUGCGAGGCAUGGUCUACCACGUUAUCUCGACUUUUCCAAUGCAUCAAUACGUGUAUAACGCACUCCAAGGCAAUUCUAGAUGGCAUAUCACAAGACAAACUCACCAGUCUUACUUUGAAUAUUAUUAAGGUUAUCGAGGCGUCUAUCUACUCAUCAGACAACAGUCUGGAGCCUCCAUUGGCCACCGCUUACCCCUGGACGCUACUUUACAAGAUCAUUAAACACAGAGACAAAGAUGUCGAGCCAAUGUAUAAGGUCAUCACUACCCCUGCAGUCACGAGCUCUGCCGCAGCUACCAACACUGACAGUAAUAUGGAAAUCUCCAGCGUCGCUGGCGAACCACCGUCCAUUCCCGCGUCCUUACUGUUCAUGCGCACUGCGCAUGACCAGCUUGGCAGGCGGGGAUGGUGCUGUAAUAAUGAUGGGAUCUUCUUGCUUUUGUACGUUGAAGCACUUACGGCGGAGCUCGCUAUAUCACACACACCAAACAGAGAGGAGCUGGUUCGGGAUCUGGAGCAAUGCUUUCUGUGCUUGUACGGUCACCCUUCAAAGAAAGCCAAGGCAAGGGGUCUUCUGGAGCACAAUUCUUGCCAGAUACCCCUAACGUGGCAGAAUUCAGCGGUUGUCUUCAACUAUUUCAAGCCUCCAGAGCUACCGACAUUUGACUCGAAGACGAACACUAUUUCUACAGAGGUGCAGAACCUUAUGCGUAGGAUCACUCUGGUUGUUCCCCAGCAAGAGUUGGAAGACAUCCCGUUUGAUAACGUCCAGGCGUUCAUCGAGGGCACUUCGGACGAGGUUCCUAAGCUCCCAGAAAAAUCUGUUUCUGUGAAAAGGCCUGUGGUGGAUGAGCUGUUUUAUCUUCUUGCUGAUUUCUAUUUCAAAAACAAGGAGUUCAGCAAAGCACUCAAAUUCUACACCCAUGACGUCUGCGUACAACCGGACCGGUCCGACUCGUGGGCUGCCAUGGCGCUUGCCAGAAAAAGUCGAUUGGAGAACAAACUCAACGCGUGUGAGCCGAAAAGCGAGGGACCGAUUCAGAAGCACUCCGUGGCAGCACUCAGGUGCUUCAAUAGAGCCAUGGAGACGGACAGCACAAACAGCAGCAUUCUAGAAGAGUAUGGAUCUCUGUGCUAUUUUUUACAUUCUCACGCGUCGAGGCAGCUGAAACAGUUUGAAGAGAUGGAUGCGUCGGUCGACACUCGCUCCUCGCUGCUUCAGCGCAAGCAAGACAUGUUACUCCUUUCCGAGAAGUGCUUUACGCAUGCGCUAGGAAUGGAAGACAGCGAGGCCUGGUUACAUCACUACAUGCUCGGCAAGAUUGCUGAGAAACUGAAGAAGCAACCGCAGAUAUAUCUCCAACAGUACGAGAAGUCCACGAAGUACUUGGAUGAAGACAUCUCUAGCUACCCGCGUAAGAUCCCAUUCUACAGUCCACCGGAACACGUCCUUGAGGCUUUAGAGGUGUACUACCGUAUCCACGUGUCGAUACUGAAACUUCUUCUGAACAAGACCCCUGAUGUGGAACUCAGUCUCCUUGAAGAACACAUUGAGCGCGCGGCCAAAGGCCCCUUUUACCAACCAGAGCAUGACACAGAGGGAAGUCACGUGAGCAGGUCCGAAUCAAUAAACUCAGAAUCAAGCGAGGUUGAUCAGGAAAAUUCCAAUCUCGAGAUUCCUCGAGCGGCAGCCAAGAAAGAGACAGAUCUACCCACCAUCACAGAGCAGCCAGACCGUCUGGACACCGGGCCAGAAUACCCGAAUACUGUACAAGAUCAUCCGAUAACUGGACAAGAUCGUCCGAACCCCGGGCCAGAACGUCCUAUAAACGUGCCGGAUGUUCCGAUAACUGGGCAAGAUCGUCCGAACACCGGACCAGAUGGUCUGAAUACCGCACCAGACCUUCCAAAGACUCCGGACAAUACAAGAGCGUCCGCAUCAGCUAGCCCACCUGCGAAGGAAUGUGUUUUAGCAGCGGUUGAUAUGGAUACAGAAAAACCUAUCGAUAUGGAAAUUUGUGCGGGUCAAGCUAUACCGGCGUCUAGUGAUGCACUUGCUACGGAUGUUUCCAUGGAAACUGAAGACGGUACAGCCAACCCGAAGGCGGAUGUGGAAAUGGAUGCUCCAGUAGAGUCAAAUAACGAUCUCAAACAAGACGUUGCUCAGUCUUCUAAGACAUCAGAAGAUGAAUGUAAGAGCGAGGAGCCUUUCGAGAUAAAAGAAGGGCAAAAUGCGGAUAAAGUGGAAAGCGAAGAGUCGAGACAAGAACAAGCCAAAGGCAGAGAAGAAGAAGCUUCAAAGACACAUAUCGGGGACGCAAAGCAAGGAGAAAACGAAGAUCUUGAUUCAAAUAAACUUAAUGCUGGUACCAAAAUUUCCGAGGAGCAGGAACAAAUGAUAGUAGACUCACACGCGCCGCAAACUAACGAUAAAGACGUUUCGGAAUCUUCAGCGAAUCUAGAACAGGUGGUUACGCUGCCGCUGACCGCUGAAGAGAAGGCUCGUCGACAACUGCUUCUUGCCAGGUGCAUUCGCGCGUUGGAACACUGCCUGAAAAGAUUCCCUCAACACCACAAGUCACGUUACAGGCUCGCAUACGUCGCGUUUUACUCGCCACCGCACAAGGACUUGGCAUACUGUCGCGAUCUGCUGCUCGGGAGCACAAACACCAAACCUAAGCCCGGACGACCCGUACACCAAGGACUUUUCAACGCGAACAGCAAGACCAACAUGUUUUCGUCCUUUUGGCGGAUACCGGAAGAAGACAUUGAUCGGCCUGGUAGUUUCUGCACACACACGUACAAGUCAGUUGAUCUUCUGCUUCGCGUGUUGCGUGAACUGAACGAAUGGGACACGUUACUGCAGGUCUCAACCCUGUUAUACCGGACACCCGAGGCGGGCAAGAAGUUUCUUCGUGACAACGAGCGUCAUUUCCAAGCUAGAAGUGCUGUUGAAUUUUCGGUUAACAUCAUGACAGAGCGCGUGCAAAAUCAAGACCCUAAGGGUGGCACUAAUAGAAGGCUGACUUGUGACACUGUAUUGCAGGAUGGCAAGGCCGUCUUGACGCAGCUGGUGCUCGAUACUUACGAGUGUUGGAAAGUUGCCCAAAAAUACGAGAAAUUUGCCAAGAUGAGCGAGAACCUCGUGGCAAAGGCGUACGAAAUGCUCAAGUCUAGCGGGCUCGUUUCUGACGAUUUAUCUGAUUCAUCUUCCCUUCUUGAACAAGCACUGAGAUUUUGCCAACAAACCGCCAAGCCACAGGCAACCCCCCAAUCCUGUUCAUCAUCUGCCGUACACAGCCAGGAGUCUUCACUUGACAGUCAUCCCUUUCCAGAACAAGACAUAAGCAAGACAAAGGGACAGGACCAGGAGACAGGCAAGACAAAGGGAGAAAAAGAGUGCCUCUUCCCUGACCAGGAGACAGACAAGACAAAGGAGCGGAAAGAGGUCUCCUCUGACCAGGAGACAGGCAAGAUAAAGGGAGAAAAAGAGUGCCUCUUCUCUGACCAGGAGACAGACAAUACAAAGGAGCGGAAAGAGGUCUCCUCUGACCAGGAGACAGGCAGGAUAAAGGGACAGGAAGAGGUCUCCUCUGACCAGAAGACAGGCAAGAUAAAGGGAGAAAAAGAGUCCCUCUUCCCUGACCAGGAGACAGACAAGAUAAAGGGAGAAAAAGAGUGCCUCUUCUCUGACCAGGAGACAGACAAGACAAAGGAGCGGAAAGAGGUCUCCUCUGACCAGGAGACAGGCAAGAUAAAGGGACAGGAAGAGGUCUCCUCUGACCAAGAGACAGGCAACAUAAAGGGAGAAAAAGAGCGGUUCUUCUCUGACCAGGAGACAGGCAAGAUAAAGGGACGGAAAGAUUCCUCCUUCUCUGACCAGAAUACAGACAUAGCAGUCCUUUCCUUUGAACAAGGCACAUGUAGCAAGCCAAAAGAACUGAAAGAUAAUGCUGAGGUUAAAAGAGCAGCUGACUUCCCAAAUGAGCCUCAACAAUCUAUGGAUAUUGAGUAUGGGAACUCAACUGAAGUCACUCCUACAAACGUACUUUCUGAAGAACCUGGAUGCCAGAAAGAUCCACAAACUGCAAAUAAAUUGGCGCCCUCUUCAGUGAUCUCUUUCGACGCCUCAAAAUCCGGGAAUUUUGUCGAAGGAUCUGAUCCAGCCCUAAACUCACCAAGGAGUGUAGCUCGAGAGAGUUCAUCGAAGCUUCCUCCAUACACUGAAGGCAUCUCUGCUAGUCCUGAUACUGAUGCAAUAAAGCGAGGUCAUUCAAACUCGAACGAAGCGCUUGAACUCUCUCUUAAGCCAGAAUCGACUUUACUAAUUCCCUCUGUAGAAACUUCAACCUCAUCCUUUGUAGAAAAGACAACACAGUCGGAUGACAAACUUGAUCCUACUACCCCCUCUUCUGUCCUCCCUGCACUUUCCCUGGCUGAUCAAUUCUCCCAUACCCCUAACAUGGAGACAAUUUUAUCCCAAGCUAAAAACACAAGCAGUACAAUUAUCAGUGGCCCUAGUACCGAAGUGGUAUCCAUAGCGACAUCAGAAAAUAAUCAACUAUCGACUAUGGAAACGGAGCAAACUCGUGUGAGUCAAAAACCAGAAACUUCAAAAAUAGUUGAGAAGAAGACUUUGGUGGCGACAGCGCCUGGUGUUAGUGAAUAUAAAGAGCCUGCAGUACUUGUCAGCAGUCGGUCACCUGUUGAGGGCCGACAACCUGACGAAAAGAUGAGUAUGCAAACCGAGGUAGCUCCAACAUUAGCCGAUCAAUCAUUGAUUGACAAGACUAUCGCUAAAGAAUCUCUAGAGAAAGAAGAUGAAUUAGGCGGGAAUGUGUAAUUGUUGGUUUACAUGCUCAUUAUAGCCUAUUGUGCAGAUGUAGUAAAGGGUUGUUUUUUUUUAAACCUCGCUGCUGUAAACGGUCAAUUAAAAUUAUCUUUGUCAAUGGU